AUGAUGAAUACGGGUAGUUUGUUGCACCAGCAGCCAAGCGGGAUAUCAAUAGUAGGAAUAACAGCUACGGUCAAUAAUGCGGGUUGUAUACCAGUGCCAUUUUUUAAUGGUUUUUCGGUUGCUACCCAGAAUCAAUUACAUAAUAAUCAACCACAGCCGGAGCUAUUACCUGAAAUUAUGCGCACACAAAUAUCAGAAAACUCUGUAAAUAUUCAACUUAAUAUGCCUCCUGAUCAACGGGAGCAACAUCAUUUACAACAGCAACAUCACUUGUUUAUCGAUCAACAUCAGAUUUCUCAACACAGUGGCUUUCCAACGAUGCAACAUUAUCACGAAAAUAUAUUAGAUACUCCUAGAAUGACGCAGAUGUUACCUACUGAUGUACCGUUUUCACCUAAUUUUUAUGAGUAUCAACCUGUUCCGAAUAUGCAAAACAUACAUGCACCGGCAUUAGGCAAGUCGUUGAUUCGAGAAGUAUCGCAGCAACCUUGUGAUUUUGGAGGAAACACGAUGCCAUCUUCAUCAAAUCAUGACAGCACUUCUGCAGCAGAUCCAUGCACUCAAAUUGCGCACGUUCUACAAUGCUAUCAACAAGGUGGUGAAGAUGCGGAAUUUGUUCGGAAAGCAAUCGAAAGUUUAGUGAAAAAACUGAAAGAUAAGCGGAACGAAUUAGAGAAUUUAAUUACGGCUAUAACAUCAGCAGGAAAGCAGCCAACAAGUUGCGUGACUAUUCAGCGAUCACUGGAUGGACGUCUUCAAGUUGCCGGUCGAAAAGGUGUUCCUCACGUUGUUUAUGCUCGUAUUUGGCGUUGGCCAAAUGUUCACAAAAAUGAGUUGCAGAAAUUACCGAUUUGUGCAAUAGCACCAGACAACCAGGAUGUGAUUUGCAUCAACCCUUACCAUUAUGAACGAAUAGUGUCUUCGCCUAUAGGGAAUAUCGACAUGUCCACGUUGCGCUUAGAUGUAUUAACUUCACCUGCAUCAUCAUCACAAAAUACGUUAUCGAAUAACCUAGCGAACACUAUUGCUACAGGACAAAUUGGAGCUCAAACAUUGCCUAUUGAAAAUUCAUUUUGCGAUGUGACAUCACCAGAGGCAUUGAAUAUGCUACCAAAUGGCACAACGGAUGGCGCCAAUAUUAGCGAGCAAAAUGCUUGGCUGAAUCAGAAUUGUGUGUUGUCAGCAGCAAAUUCAUCAGUUUCACAUUUAUAUCAACAACAACCUGAAGACAAUUUGGAUGCAGUACGCUUACCAAAUACACCAAUCUGCUUUGUAGUUCCUGAUCACUGGUGUUCUAUAUCAUACUAUGAGUUAGAUACCCAAAUUGGAGAAACAUUUCGUGUACGAAAAGAUCGGUCAGAGGUAAUAAUUGAUGGCGGUGUGAAUCCAGCAGGAGCGAAACUUGGCCGGUUUUGUCUUGGAGCCUUAUCAAAUGUUCAUAGGAGUGAGGCUUCCGAAAAAGCAAGAUUGCACAUUGGUAAAGGUGUACGUAUAUCAACUCAGCGUGAUGGUAGUGUAUAUCUGGAAUGUUUGUCGCAUAAAUCAGUUUUCGUACGAAGUUAUUAUUUAGAUUUUGAGAACAAUAUUGCAUACGGUAGCACUGUACAUAAAUUUUGUUCAGGAUCACCGAACAAAAAGAUAUUUGAUCUACGUUGGGCUUUUGCGGAAAUGGAACAUCAAAGCAAAUCUGCUCAUUUAGCUAUGGUUGCACAAGCAGCUGCAGUUGCAGGAUAUGCCCCUCCGUCAAAUCUUACAUCGUUUAAUGACCAUUUGGGGACUGGUGUUGACGAAUUGAGACAUGUAUGCUGUAUAAUAGCGAUAUCGUUUGUAAAAGGUUGGGGUGUUGGUUAUAAUCGCGCAUUAAUUAAGGAAACACCGUGCUGGGUAGAACUACAACUUCAUCGACCGCUACAACUUUUGGAUCAGUUGCUGAAGAAUGAAUAUUAA